GGGCCGGCUGGCCGCAGGGAACAUCCGGCAGGGAACACCCCGCAGGGAACACCCCGCAGGAGCGGCGGGGCCGUGCGCCCCCCCUGCGCCCGCAAACCGGAGCGUUCCCGGCGACGCGGAGUGCCCAGAUGUUGCUAUGAGGAAAGGAGUCAGCAAUGACUGAUGUGGAGCCUGUGGUCACAGAUUUUGCAGCAUCAGGACGGGCAGGCCGCCGAAACGCCUUACCAGAUAUCCUGGGCUCUCCUGCUGGUGCUGGGACUUCAGAGUUGCCACACAAACUGGCUGAGCUCUCUGUUUCAGAAGAUGCAGGAGCAGAGGGUGGAGAGGUGUCAUCAUCCAAGGCCUUGCUGGAAAGUCAAGAGGCGGAAGGAAAACGCAAUGAUUCCUAACACCUAAGGACUUCUGGGUUAAUGAAUCCCAUCAACAGCCUUCCCAGUUUCCCUGUGUCACCCCUUCUGAAGUGUGGUAGCAACUUUAGCAGCACAGACAUGACUUUGCAAAACACUUGUACCUAGAUGAUUAUGCAGAUAGCAUACAGUUCUUUCUAAUGUCAUCCUUCAAAAGCAAUGUUCUGCAUAUCCAAACAGAAAGAGAGCUAAAGAAUGUAUCUCUUGUUUUCAGUUUUCUCUCUUGUUUUGGUUAUAGUAUUCCUCCUAACUAAUCUUAUUUAACAGUUCAUCUAAUUCAUGGUUUCAAAAUCAAAAUCCUAUUUCUAAUUUCCAAAACCAACUUAUUUCUCUCUGACACAGAGGUUCACUCCCCACAAUGUGAUACUAAGUAUAUAUUAGAUUACAGACAUUAUCUCUAAUUUACCUCCCGAGAUUUUUGUUCUCAUUAGACAUAUGUAGAUGGGUGUGAGAAAAAAAAAAAAAAUAAGUACAUAAAAUAAAAUUCUCUCCUACUCCUGUUGCCAGAAGGUUUUAUAGACUAUUUAAACAUCAGUGUUUGUUUUCUCUCCUGACCUCUAUUUGAUUAUGGCAGAUCAUCUCAGUUCUCCCACUCUUUGCAGUCUUGCCACUUUGGCCAUUCGUUUUCAUGCUGAAUAUUGUAGCUGUUCAUGUGUAUCUAACGUAAAGUAGGUAUGUUUGUAUCUGAUGAAAAUUGUUUAAUCUCACUGUGGAAAUUAAAUAUCUAUCAUCUUUUCUGUCUUUGGUUGAUUUCUUAAUUUUUCUCCUGUAGGACGAUAUUUAAAGCCCAAUAAUACAUAUUUCUUUUAUUUCAUCUGGGUUUUGCUUUGUUGUUUGCUGACAGUGAAGAUGUUUUAAUCACUGUGAUUUUUACAAAGAUUUUAGGCAAAGUUCUUUCCCUACUGGAAGGACUUGGUUUGUUUGGAGGUCAUGCUCCUGAAAAUACUUGGUAUUCAUUCCCUUAUUGUAGGAGACUUAAGAUUUGGGUACAUACAUGAACCUUCAUGAUUCCUUGGGCAGCAGCCACUUACUGAGGAAAACUGAGGAAGCAUCUCUGAUGGGUACAUCCCACAUGUCACUGGUAUUCCAUCUGUGAAAUAUUUGUGUAAUCUAAACCUGGCA